AUGACCUCAGACACUUCUACAUGGACUCCCGAGACUAUGCUCUCUACCCUCCCCUACCGCCCAGAGGAGAACUCCGAGUCACCUGUUCCUUUCUUCCACUUGAUCGAGCGCCUUAAGACUACCAAGCGCGAGGGCUGGCGCCGCUUCGGCAUCAAUGAUGGCGAGUCCAUCUCUGACCAUAUGUACCGCAUGUCGAUCAUGACGAUGAUGGCCCCGCCGACCCUGGCAGCCAAUAUCAACAUCCCGCGCUGCAUAAAGAUGGCCUUGAUCCAUGACAUGGCUGAGGCGCUUGUCGGCGAUAUCACUCCAGUCGACGGCGUCAGUAAGCCCGAGAAGGCACGUCGCGAGGCCUCCGUUAUGGACUACAUCACCACGAACCUCCUCGGUAAGGUCCCGGGAUGUACGGGCGGGGAAAUCAAGGAAAUAUUUGAGGAAUACGAGGCAGACGAGAGUGAUGAAGCUCACUUCGUGCAUGAUAUCGACAAGAUGGAGCUGCUGUUGCAGAUGGUUGAGUAUGAGCGCUUGCAUAAGGUUGAUCUCACCGAGUUCACCCACGUCAAGGAGCGCAUUCAGUUGAAAGAGAUUAAGGAAUGGGCCGAUGAGGUCGUUCGGGGGAGACCGAAGAAGGCAUAG